AUGGCUUUUAAUGUCCGGUCAAUGAAGUCAAACAUCAGAUCUAGAGGGAGUCACCAGCCAUCUGCCCCUGUGGAGAACAUCAAAGAGAUACAGCACAAGGUGAAGGAAGAGCGUGAGUCCAAGAGAGCGCAGCUAGACAGCAGGCAUGACUAUGUCCUCAGCAUUGUAUCCUCUUGUGUGGGUCUGGAGAAAGCUGAGGUGGAGGAUGCCAUACUGGAGGGCACACAGAUUGAGCGGAUGGAGAAGUUCUUUGCAGCCGAUGGCUUUCCUCACCUUAUUUUGUAUUGCCAAGACACAGAGCCUGUGGAAGCAGCUGCUUCCUCCACAAUGAGUCGCAGUAAAAAAGCCAAAGUGUUUGUGACGGAGGGCACAGAUGUGGCCUUGACUGGCAUUUGUGUGUUUUUUACACGGGCAAACACCUCCAAGCCUAUCACAUCAGAGAACAUCCACAGGGAUGUGAACUUUAACAUGUUGGACACUACUGGUGGUGGUCUGCUGAAGAGUGUGGAGCAGCUGCUAUCCGAGAUCUUCAUUCCCACUCUGAGAAAGAUGAACCACGGCUGGGGGGAGCUGGCCAGCCCGCAGGCCCAUACUGUCAAACAAGACUUCAUUAACUCUCUAGACAGUUUUGUCUCUGUGUUAGCUGGAGCACAGGAGAGCCUGCAGGAGAAGGUGAACCUUAAAGAGUGUGAUGCAUUCGACUUGAAGACACUGAAAGGUCCUUCAGAUUUCACAGCUGUUGCCAACAGCACAGAAGCUCUGGAAAAGAUCGAAGCCUGCAUGAAAACCUGGAUCAAACAGAUCGAACAGGUUCUUGCGGAGAGCGAUCAGCUGAGGAAAGAAGCAGAUGACCUUGGUCCCCGUGCAGAGCUUGACCAUUGGAAGAAACGCAUGUCCCGUUUUAACUACCUGCUAGACCAGUUGAAGAGCCCUGAAGUGAAAGCCGUGCUGGGGGUUCUCAUAGUUGCAAAAUCCAAACUUAUUAAGGUUUGGCGAGAACUAGACAUCAGAAUCACUGAUGUGGCAAAUGAGGCCAAAGACAAUGUGAAGUACCUGUACACCCUCGAGAAGUUCUGUGACCCGCUGUACAACAGCAACCCUGUUUCUAUGGUAGAGGCCAUUCCUGGGCUCAUAAAUGCGAUCCGUAUGAUCCAUAGCAUCUCUCGUUAUUACAACACCUCAGAGAGGAUUACCUCCCUGUUUGUCAAGGUUACAAAUCAAAUGAUCACCGCCUGCAAGGCCUACAUCACAAAUAAUGGCUCGGCAACCAUCUGGGAUCAGCCGCAGGAAGUGGUAUCUGAGAAACUCAAAGCUGCCAUUCGCUUGAAUCAGGAAUACCAGAAAUUUUUCCAAAAAACCAAACAGAAGCUGGAGGAGAAUCCAUUGGAGUGUCAGUUCGACUUUAGUGAGAUGUACAUCUUUGGCAAAUUUGACACGUUUCAGCGACGGCUGAACAAAAUCCUAAACAUGUUUGACACCAUAACCACCUACAGUGCCCUGCUGGACUCCAAAAUUGAGGGCCUGGAAACCAAAGCAACCAGAUUUCAGGCCAUUGUGUUAACCAUGAAGAAAAAGCAAUACAGUUUCUUGGACCAAAGAAGGACUGACUUUGAUCAGGACUAUGAUGCAUUUUGUAAACAAACUAGUGAACUACAUAACCAACUGAAAACCUUCAUGGACAACACCUUUGACAAAAUUCAAAAUACCCAGCGAGCCUUAAAUGUUCUCAAGCAAUUUGAAAGACUCAGCAUUCCAGAUUUGGGUAUCAGCGAGAAGUACCAGAAGAUUCUGCAGAACUACGGCAAGGACAUUGAAAUGGUCUCUCGUAUUUACACCAAGCAGAAGAUGGAUCCCCCCAUUGGCCGAGACCUCCCUCCGAUUGCGGGGAAGAUCUUGUGGGCUCGGCAGCUGUACCGCCGCAUCCAGGAGCCCAUGGAUCUCUUCCAGCAGCAGCCUGGGCUGCUCAGUACCCCAGAUGCCAAACAGAUCAUUCGAAAUUACAAUCGGGUCGCAAAAGUGUUACUUGAGUUUGAGAUGCUCUAUCAUCAUAGCUGGAUGUCACAGAUAGAUGUGGUUAAACUGGGCCUGCAGGCUUCAUUACUGGUCAAGAGUCCAGAAACAGGGGUGCUGUACGUGAACUUUGACCCCCAGAUUCCAACCCAGAUCCGAGAGACAGACUGCAUGAUCAGGAUGGGACUGGAGAUUCCACCUUUAGGAUCAAUCCUGCAGCAGAGAAAGGAUGUUUUCAAAAAGAACUACAACAGACUGCAGCUGAUGCUGAUGGAGAACACCAGGGUAAGGUCUAAGAUCCAGCCAGCUUUUGAACAACUGCUAAUGCCACAUGUGGCUAAAGUAGAUGAUGCCAUCCUGCCCGGUCUGACCUCCCUCAACUGGACCUCCCUGAACAUUGAGAAAUACCUCAACCACAUCUCUGCUGUGCUUGAUGACCUUGAACUUCUGCUGCACAGAGUGAAUGACCUAGUGGAGUUCAGAAUCGAUGCUGUGCUUCAAGAAAUGAGCACAGCCACUCUCUGUGUGUUACCAGUUGAUGAGCCAUGCACCUGCGAGGAGUUUGUCCAGACCACCAAGGAGCUUUGCAUCAAGGGAGCCCAAAUGCUGCAUACUAAAAGCUCAUUAGUGGAGGAGGCAGCCAAUGAGCUGAUUAAUAUGUUACUGGAGUUUGAUCAGGAGGAAGAAAGAAACCUUGUUGAGAGCAGGACGGAGAGCAAAGUGGAACAAGUGGACAGUGAUGAGGAGGAGAAUAAAUCAGACGGCCGCCUUCUGUCACAUAGCACCACGGCCCCAAGCAUCACGUCUCCACAGAUGAGAAAGAAGAAAAAGAGGGACCUGAUGGAGGUGAUGGAGGAGGAGGCAAAGGAGCUGCUGUCUCAUUUUAACCAUAGAAAUGUAGAUGCAUUACUGCGUCUCACACGUAACACACUGGAGACUCUACGCAAGCGGAUCCACGCAUCAUCACUGAUGCACUUCCUUGGAGAGACAGACUCCCACAGCCAGCAGAAGGGAAGUGGGCCGCAGCCCAUUUUUAGGGUUAGGGUGUGUUUGGCCAUUCCAAACAUCAUCAUGGCUCCAGCGUUAGAUGAGGUUCAGCAGGCAUUAAACAGAGCCGUGGACUGUGUGGUCAGCGUCAUUAAAGGAAUAGGACAGUGGAGCAAAGAAAGGAUUUCCAAGAGGAAAAUGUGUGAGCGACACAUAGCUGCUUUAAAACAGAACAGCCAGGAGAGCGAAUUAGAAGAUGGAGAAUCAACCUAUCGCAGCUUUGCUGAAGGUAGUACCUCAGAUGUCUCAGCAUCUGUAAACCAGGCCAUUCCCAUUCAAGUCAAGAACUACUACAAGAGCAUCUCUGAGAACAAAGAGAUUGUCAAACUGGUGUCUGUGCUGAGUACAUCCAUCAACUCUACCAAGAAGGAAGUAAUGAACGCUUUGGAUCGCUUCAGCCUCUAUCACCACAUCUGGAAGAAAGACAGAGAGGAAACCAUCCAGAAGUUCAUCAAGGGGAACCCUCUGCUCUCUGAGUUUGAGUCUCAGAUACUGUACUACAGGGAACUGGAGCUAGAAAUUAAUGCAGAGCCUGAGUUUAUAUCGGUGGGAGCUCUGGCUCUAUAUACAGCUGAUAUGAAAUUGGCCCUUACUGCCGAGACAAAGAGCUGGAUGGUGGAUUUCGGUCACCAUUGCAACAGGAAGUAUCGCAUGGAGAUGGAACAGAUCUUCACUUUUGUGGAUGAGGCAAGCAAGAAGCUCAACAGGCAGAUUAAGGACCUGGAUGAUAUCCGCAUUGCCAUGGCAACACUCAAGGAGAUCAGAGAGCAUCAGAUCUCUAUAGACUUUCAAGUUGGUCCAAUUGAGGAAUCAUACAGCAUGCUGCAUAAGUAUGCAUUGUUUGUGGCCAAAGAAGAAGCUGAGAAAGUGGACACCCUCCGGUACACCUGGGAGAAACUGCUGGCCCGUGGCACAGAGGUGCAGAAUGAGCUGGUGGCCCUGCAGCCCAACUUCAGAGGAGAACUCAUAAGAAAUGUUCAGACCUUUGUGGAUGACUGUCAGCACUUUUACCAUGAUUAUGAGAGGGAUGGUCCAAUGGUGGUGGGAUUGGCUCCUCAGGAUGCCAGUGACAGGCUUAUUAUGUUUCAGAAUCACUUUGACAACCUGUUCCGCAAGUACAUCACAUACACAGGAGGGGAGGAGCUCUUUGGUUUACCUGUUACCCAGCAUCCUCAGUUGCUUGAGAUCAGGAAACAGCUGACGCUCCUCCAGAAACUCUAUGGACUCUACAACAAUGUCAUCGACACUGUCAAUGGCUACUAUGACAUCUCAUGGGCCGACAUCCACAUCGAGAGAAUCAACAACGAACUCCUUGAGUUUCAGACGAGGUGCCGUAAGCUGCCACAGGCCCUUAAAGGGUGGCAGGCAUUUUUGGAACUAAAGAAAACCAUUGAUGAGUUUAAUGAAUGCUGCCCCUUGCUGGAGCUAAUGACUAACAAAGCCAUGAUGACACGCCACUGGAAGAGAAUCACUGAGGUUACAGGUCACAUCUUUGAGGUCGAAACUGAUAACUUCAAGCUGCGCAACAUCAUGGAAGCCCCACUGCUGAAGUACAAAGAAGAAAUAGAGGACAUCUGUAUCAGUGCUGUUAAGGAGCGUGACAUCGAGCAGAAACUCAAGCAGGUGAUAGCGGAAUGGGACAACAAGACCUUUACUUUUGCCAAUUUUAAAACCAGAGGUGAGCUCCUUCUGAGAGGAGACAGUACGUCAGAGAUCAUUAGCAACAUGGAGGACAGCCUAAUGGUGCUGGGAUCCCUCAUGAGCAACAGGUACAACACUCCGUUCAAAGCUCUGAUCCAGAAAUGGGUUCAGAACCUCUCCAACACAACGGACAUUAUUGAAAACUGGAUGACUGUGCAAAACCUCUGGAUUUAUCUUGAGGCUGUAUUUGUUGGUGGAGACAUAGCCAAACAGAUGCCUAAGGAGGCAAAGCGCUUCUCCAACAUUGAUAAGUCUUGGGUAAAGAUCAUGACUCGAGCUCAUGAAAUGCCCAACGUGGUCCAGUCGUGCGUGGGAGAUGAGACUAUGGGUCAACUACUGCCUCACCUGCUAGAACAGCUCGAGAUGUGCCAGAAAUCCCUCACAGGGUAUCUGGAGAAGAAGCGCUUGUUGUUUCCACGUUUCUUCUUUGUAUCAGAUCCCGCUCUGCUGGAGAUUUUGGGCCAGGCGUCUGACUCGCACACAAUCCAGGCCCACCUGCUCAACAUCUUUGACAACAUCAAAUCUGUCCGCUUUCAUGAUAAGAUGUAUGAUAAGAUUCUGGCAAUUUCCUCACGUGAGGGUGAGACAGUAGUGCUGGACAGACCCGUGACAGCGGAGGGAAAUGUGGAGGUCUGGCUUAACGCACUACUGAAAGAAUCCCAGAGGUCUUUACACCUUAUCAUCCGUCAGGCUGCUCUUGCCAUUCAGGACUCUACUUUUGAAUUGAUCGACUUUUUGGACUCCUUUCCUGCACAGGUUGGUUUACUAGGGAUUCAGAUGAUAUGGACUAGGGAUUCUGAAGAUGCUUUGACCAGUGCCAGAUAUGACCGUAAGAUCAUGGCUAAAACCAAUCAGUUCUUCUUGGAGCUUCUCAAUCUUUUGAUUGACAUGACCACAAAGGACCUCGGAACUGUGGAACGGACCAAGUAUGAAACAUUAAUCACCAUUCACGUACACCAGAGGGACAUAUUUGAUGAUUUGUGUCGUUUGCACAUCAAAAGCCCCACAGACUUUGAAUGGCUGAAGCAAUGCCGGUUUUACUUCCACGAGGACUCGGAUAUGAUGAUGAUCAACAUUACAGAUGUGGGCUUCAUCUAUCAGAAUGAGUUUCUGGGCUGUACUGACAGACUGGUCAUCACUCCACUCACUGACAGGUGCUACAUUACUUUAGCUCAAGCUCUGGGAAUGAGCAUGGGUGGAGCUCCAGCCGGGCCAGCAGGAACAGGAAAGACAGAGACCAUUAAGGACAUGGGCCGCUGCCUGGGCAAAUAUGUGGUGGUGUUCAACUGCUCCGACCAGAUGGACUUCAGAGGCCUGGGCAGAAUAUUCAAAGGUCUUGCACAAUCUGGCUCCUGGGGCUGUUUUGAUGAGUUCAAUCGUAUAGAUCUGCCCGUGCUCUCAGUGGCAGCCCAACAAAUCGCCAUUGUGCUCACGUGUAAGAAAGAACGGCGCAAGAACUUCAUCUUCAGUGAUGGAGAUAAUGUGGAGAUGAACCCUGAAUUUGGCAUCUUCCUUACCAUGAACCCUGGAUACGCUGGGAGGCAGGAACUUCCUGAGAAUCUGAAAAUUAACUUCCGUUCAGUGGCGAUGAUGGUUCCUGACCGACAGAUCAUAAUCAGAGUCAAACUGGCAAGCUGUGGCUUCAUUGACAAUAUUGAGCUGGCCAGGAAAUUCUUCACUCUAUACAAACUCUGUGAGGAGCAGCUCUCUAAACAGGUUCACUAUGACUUUGGCCUCAGAAACAUUCUGUCUGUCCUGCGCACUCUUGGUGCCGCGAAACGGGCUAAUCCAAAUGACACAGAGUCCACUAUUGUCAUGAGGGUUCUACGAGAUAUGAACCUAUCCAAACUGAUUGAUGAGGAUGAGCCGCUGUUCUUGAGUUUGAUUGAGGAUCUUUUCCCUGGAAUUCAGCUGGAUAAAGCUGGAUACCCUGAUCUGGAAGCAGCAAUAGACAAACAGGUAACUGAGGCUGGUCUGAUCAAUCACCCGCCCUGGAGGUUAAAGAUCAUCCAGCUGUAUGAGACUCAGAGAGUUCGUCAUGGGAUGAUGGCACUAGGACCCAGUGGAGCAGGAAAAACUACCUGCAUACUUACCCUAAUGAAGGCCAUGUCUGACUGUGGCCGACCUCAUAGAGAGAUGCGUAUGAACCCUAAAGCCAUUACUGCACCCCAGAUGUUUGGACGACUCGAUGUGGCAACUAAUGACUGGACUGAUGGCAUCUUUUCCACACUUUGGAGGAAAACACUUAGAGCCAAGAAAGGGGAGCACAUAUGGAUUGUUCUUGAUGGGCCGGUAGAUGCUAUAUGGAUUGAGAAUCUUAACUCAGUCCUGGACGAUAACCGCACACUAACAUUGGCUAACGGUGACCGGAUCCCCAUGGCCCCCACCUGCAAGAUUGUGUUUGAGCCACACAACAUCGAUAAUGCCUCCCCGGCCACAGUGUCCCGUAACGGGAUGGUGUUUAUGAGCUCCUCUGUCCUUAACUGGAGCCCAAUUUUGGAGGGCUGGCUGAAGAAGCGCUCCCCUCAGGAGGGAGUGGUCCUGAGGAAUCUCUUCACCUCCUCUUUCUCAGAGCUCUAUCGCUUCAGUAUUCAGUCUUUGCAGUAUAAGAUGGACAUGCUGGAGGCCUUCAUCAUCAUGCAGUGUAUCAACAUGCUGCAAGGACUUAUUCAGCCCAAGGAGCAGGGAGGAGAGCUCUCUCAAGAGCACAUGGAGCGUCUGUAUGUCUUUGCUCUGAUGUGGAGUGUGGGAGCCCUCCUGGAACUGGAUGAUCGAAUUAAGUUGGAGAGCUGGCUCCGUCAGCAUGAAAACAUCCACUUGGACCUUCCCGACAUCCCGGCCCACAGCGAGGACACUAUGUUUGACUAUUACAUCACUAAUGAUGGUCAAUGGAUUCACUGGAAUACCAGAGUGGAAGAGUACAUCUACCCAUCUGACUCAACGCCAGAUUACAGCUCCAUACUGGUGCCCAAUGUUGAUAAUGUUCGCACUGACUUCCUUAUUCAGACCAUUGCAAAGCAGGGCAAGGCUGUGCUUUUGAUAGGAGAGCAGGGCACUGCCAAAACUGUCAUCAUCAAAGGCUAUUUGUCAAAAUAUGACCCAGAGUCCCACACUGCCAAGAGCCUCAAUUUCUCCUCCGCCACCACACCUUUAAUGUUUCAGCGCUCCGUGGAGAGUUAUGUCGAUAAGCGAAUGGGAACCACUUACGGCCCUCCAGCAGGGAAGAAAAUGUCCAUCUUUAUUGAUGACAUCAACAUGCCUGUGAUCAAUGAGUGGGGUGAUCAGGUCACCAAUGAAAUAGUUCGGCAGUUGAUGGAACAGAAUGGCUUCUAUAACUUGGAGAAACCAGGAGAGUUCACCAACAUUGUGGAUAUCCAGUUCUUGGCGGCCAUGAUCCAUCCUGGAGGGGGCCGGAAUGACAUCCCCCAAAGACUGAAGAGACAGUUCUCCAUUUUCAACUGUACUCUUCCCUCCAAUUCCUCCAUAGACAAGAUCUUUGGCGUGAUAGGUGCAGGUCAUUACUGUUCCCAUCGGGGAUUUUCAGAGGAAGUGUGCAACACAGUGGUCAGGCUGGUUCCACUGACUCGAAAACUGUGGCAAAGGACAAAGGUUAAAAUGCUGCCAACACCUGCCAACUUCCACUACAUAUUUAACCUGCGUGACCUCUCCCGCAUUUGGCAGGGAAUGCUCAGCGUCACCGCUGAGGUCAUCAACUCAUCCGAUGUUUUACAAUGGCUGUGGAAGCAUGAGUGCAAACGUGUUAUUGCUGACCGAUUUACCGUCCCAGAAGACGUGACCUGGUUUGACUCCACACUGGCCAAGCUGGUGGAAGAAGAGCUUGGGGAAAAUGGGCAAGUGGUAGUGGAUCUCGGGGUGGACACCUACUUUGUGGACUUUCUCAGAGAUGCACCUGAGGCCACAGGUGAGGAGCCUGAAGGCACAGAUUUUGACAUGCCGAAAGUGUACGAGCCCAUCAAAUCUUUUGACAGCCUGAUGGAAAGGUUGAACAUGUUUUUGAGUCAGUACAACGAGAGCAUCCGGGGUGCAGGCAUGGAUAUGGUCUUCUUCAGGGAUGCCAUGAUUCACCUGGUUAAGAUUUCUCGGAUCAUCAGGACCCCUCGGGGAAAUGCCCUCCUGGUCGGUGUAGGGGGGUCUGGAAAGCAGAGUCUGACAAAACUUGCAUCUUUCAUUGCCGGUUACAAGACUUUCCAGAUCACACUCACUCGUUCCUACAACACCUCCAACCUCAUGGAAGACCUGAAGAGCUUGUACAGGACUGCCGGACAGCAGGGCAAAGGCAUCAGCUUCAUCUUCACUGACAACGAGAUCAAGGAUGAGUCCUUCCUGGAGUACAUGAACAACGUCCUGUCAUCCGGAGAGGUGUCCAAUCUGUUUGCUCGUGAUGAAAUUGACGAGAUUCUUAGUGACCUAAUUCCAGUCAUGAAGCGGGAGUUUCCACGACGACCACCCACGAAUGAAAACCUGCAUGAGUAUUUUAUGAGCAGAGUUAAGCAGAACCUUCACGUGGUCCUGUGCUUCUCUCCAGUUGGGGAGAGGUUUCGUAACCGGGCUUUGAAGUUUCCUGCUCUCAUUUCUGGGUGCACCAUGGACUGGUUUAGCCGCUGGCCAAAAGAUGCUCUGAUUGCAGUGUCAGAGCACUUCCUGUCCAUGUAUGACAUAGACUGCACUCCCGAGGUAAAGGGAGAAGUAGUUCAGUGCAUGGGCUCCUUUCAGGAUGGAGUGGCGGAAAAGUGUGCAGAUUAUUUCCAGAGAUAUCGACGUUCCACACACGUCACACCCAAAUCCUACCUGUCCUUCAUCCACGACUACAAAACCAUCUACAAAGAGAAGCAUUCAGAGGUUCAGACUCUCGCCGAAAGGAUGAACACCGGACUCCAGAAACUCAAAGAAGCUGCCGAGUCGGUUACUGUCCUCAGCAAAGAGCUGGAGAUCAAGGAAAAAGAACUUCAGAUAGCUAAUGAAAAGGCAGACAUGGUGUUGAAAGAGGUGACCGUGAAGGCUCAUGCUGCAGAAAAGGUCAAAGUUGAGGUUCAAAAGGUCAAAGAUAAAGCUCAGGCCAUCGUUGACACCAUCUCUGUAGACAAGGCCAUUGCUGAAGAGAAGCUUGAAGCUGCCAGACCUGCUCUGGAGGAGGCAGAGGCCGCACUGCAGACCAUAAAGCCGUCAGAUAUUGCUACGGUGCGAACACUGGGCAGACCACCCCACCUCAUCAUGCGUAUCAUGGACUGUGUGUUGCUGCUCUUCCAGAGGAGGGUGAACACGGUGAAGAUAGAUCCAGAGAAAAAUUGCAUUAUGCCCUCCUGGCAAGAGUCACUCAAACUCAUGACUGCUGGGAACUUCCUGGGCAGUUUACAGCAAUUUCCCAAAGACUCCAUCAAUGAAGAGGUAGUGGAGCUGCUCUAUCCAUACUUUGACAUGGCUGACUAUAACAUUGAAACAGCCAAGAGGGUGUGUGGCAAUGUCGCAGGGCUCUGUUCUUGGACCAAAGCAAUGGCCACCUUCUUCUCUAUCAAUAAAGAAGUGCUUCCUUUGAAGGCUAAUCUGGCAGUGCAGGAGAACAAGCUAGCCAGAGCUAAUGUGGACCUCCAGAUAGCUCAGGCUGAACUGGAUGCUAAACAAGCAGAGCUUGACGUUGUUCAGGCUGAGUAUGAGAAGGCAAUGAUGGAGAAACAGACUCUACUGGAGGAUGCAGAACGGUGUCGACACAAGAUGCAGACGGCCUCUAGUCUUAUCAGCGGGCUGGCAGGAGAGAAGGAGCGUUGGACAGAAUUGAGCAAAGAAUUUGCUGCUCAAACCAAACGUCUUGUUGGUGACGUGCUCCUGGCUACAGCUUUCUUGUCCUACUCUGGACCCUUUAACCAGGAGUUCCGCAACCUCCUUCUCACUGACUGGCAAAGAGAGAUGAAGUCUCGCAGUAUUCCUUUCAGGGCCAAUCUGAACCUCACUGAGAUGUUAAUCGACACUCCAACAGUGAGUGAAUGGAACCUCCAGGGGCUGCCCAAUGAUGACCUGUCAAUCCAGAAUGGGAUUAUUGUCACAAAGGCUGCCAGAUUUCCCCUGCUGAUUGAUCCCCAGACACAGGGAAAGAUGUGGAUCAAGAACAAAGAGUCAAAGAAUGAGCUCCAGAUCACCUCACUGAAUCACAAGUACUUCAGAAACCAUCUAGAGGACAGUUUAUCUCUAGGACGCCCACUACUGAUUGAGGAUGUUGAGGAGGAAUUGGAUCCUGCCCUGGACAAUGUCCUGGAGAAGAACUUCAUCAAGAUGGGAUCCACAUAUAAGGUAAAAGUAGGUGAUAAGGAGGUGGAUGUGAUGAAAGGCUUCCGUCUUUAUGUGACCACCAAGCUUCCCAACCCAGCAUACACACCUGAGAUCAGCGCACGAACAUCCAUCAUCGAUUUCACCGUUACAAUGAGGGGUCUGGAAGAUCAGCUACUGGGUAGAGUCAUCCUCACCGAGAAACAAGAACUGGAGAAGGAGCGCACUGACCUGCUAGAGGAUGUGACAACCAAUAAACGCAAGAUGAAAGAACUGGAAGAUAAUCUACUUUUUAGGCUGACCAGCACGCAGGGCUCGCUGGUGGAUGACGAGAGCCUGAUCACUGUGCUGGGAAACACCAAACGCACUGCUGAGGAGGUCACACAGAAACUCCAGAUUGCUGCAGAGACCGAGAUCCAAAUCAAUGCGGCCCGCGAGGAGUACAGACCUGUUGCCACAAGAGGAAGCAUCUUGUACUUUCUGAUCACAGAGAUGAGCAUGGUGAAUGUGAUGUAUCAGACCUCCUUGCACCAGUUCCUGGGCUUGUUCGACUUUUCCUUGGCCAAGUCAUCAAAGAGUCCAAUUACAGCCAAGAGGAUCGCCAACAUCAUCGAGUACAUGACCUUCGAGGUGCACAAGUAUGCAGCUAGGGGGCUGUAUGAGGAGCACAAGUUUCUUUUCACUCUGCUGCUCACUCUUAAGAUCGAUAUGCAGAGCAACAGAGUCAAACAUGAGGAGUUCCUCACCCUCAUUAAAGGAGGAGCCUCGCUGGACCUAAAGACCUGUCCACCGAAAGCUGCAAAAUGGAUACUGGACAUAACGUGGCUCAACCUGGUGGAACUGAGCAAACUCUGGCAGUUCUCCAACAUUCUAGAUCAGAUUGGCCGUCAUGAGAAACAAUGGAAAAGCUGGUUUGAUCGUGAGGCACCAGAAGAAGAACCGAUCCCAAAUGCAUAUGAUCAGGCUCUGGACUGCUUCAGGCGACUGCUCCUUAUUCGAUCCUGGUGUCCAGAUAGAACCAUUGCUCAGGCACGGAAGUACAUCAUGGACUCGAUGGGGGAGCGGUAUGCUGAGGGGGUGAUUCUGGACCUGGAGAAGACCUGGGAGGAGUCGGACCCCCGCACGCCUCUCAUCUGCUUCCUGUCCAUGGGUUCUGACCCAACAGACUCAAUCAUCGCCCUGGGCAAGCGACAGAAAAUAGAGACGCGUUAUGUUUCCAUGGGACAGGGGCAGGAAGUUCAUGCACGCAAGCUUCUGCAGCACUCCAUGGCUAAUGGAGGAUGGGCUUUAUUGCAGAACUGUCAUUUGGGUCUGGAUUUUAUGGACGAGCUCAUGGACACGAUCACAGAGACAGACAGUGUUCAUGACACCUUCAGACUGUGGAUGACCACUGAAGUCCACAGACACUUUCCUAUCACUCUUCUGCAGAUGUCAAUCAAAUUCACCAACGAGCCUCCACAGGGACUGAAAGCCGGGCUUAAGAGGACUUACGGAGGUAUCAGCCAGGAUCUUCUGGAUGUGAGUAACAUGGUCCAGUGGAGGCCGAUGCUGUAUGGUGUGGCAUUCCUUCAUUCCACUGUCCAAGAGAGGAGAAAGUAUGGACCUUUGGGUUGGAACAUUCCAUAUGAGUUCAACCAAGCGGACUUCAAUGCAACCAUACAGUUUUUUCAGAAUCACCUGGAUGAUAUUGACAUCAAGAAAGGUGUUUCCUGGAACACUGUUCGGUACAUGAUCGGUGAGAUCCAGUAUGGCGGCAGGGUGACUGAUGACUAUGACAAGCGUCUCUUGAACACGUUUGCGAAGGUGUGGUUCAGCGAGAACAUGUUCAGCCCUGAUUUCAACUUUUACAAGGGCUACAGCAUUCCCAGAUGCAGUAGUGUGGAUCAGUACCUCCAAUACAUUCAGGGUCUCCCUACAUACGACACCCCUGAGGUGUUCGGGCUCCACCCCAAUGCAGACAUCACCUACCAGAGCAAACUCGCUAAGGACGUACUAGACACCAUCCUGAGUAUCCAACCAAAGGACAGCUCCAGUGGGGGUGGAGAGACCAGGGAGGCGAUCGUGGGCCGGCUGGCAGAUGACAUGCUGGAGAAACUGCCUCCAGAUUUUGGUCCAUUUGAGGUGAGAGAGAGACUGAUGAGCAUGGGUCCCCUUCAGCCCAUGAACAUCUUCCUGCGGCAGGAAAUUGAUCGCAUGCAGAGAGUGAUUGUGCUGGUAAGGAACACACUAAGCGACCUGAAGCUGGCCAUUGAUGGAACCAUCAUCAUGAGCGAGAAUCUGCGAGAUGCACUGGACUGCAUGUACGACGCUCGAAUACCCGCACGCUGGGAAAAGGCCUCCUGGGCUUCCACUACACUGGGGUUCUGGUUCACAGAAUUGCUGGAGCGGAACCGGCAGUUCCACUUAUGGAUCUUUGAGGGACGACCAAACUGCUUCUGGAUGACAGGCUUCUUCAACCCGCAGGGCUUCCUGACAGCAAUGAGACAGGAGAUCACUCGUGCUAGCAAGGGGUGUGCGUUGGACCGGAUGGUUCUGUGUAAUGAAGUCACUAAAUGGAUGAAGGAUGACAUCACACAGCCACCUGCAGAGGGGGUGUACGUCUACGGUCUCUAUUUAGAAGGGGCCGGCUGGGACCGCAGGAACUGCAAGCUCAUUGACUCCAAACCCAAAGUUCUGUUUGAAAUGAUGCCUGUGAUCAGGAUGUAUGCUGAAAACAAUGGUGUCAAAGAUUCUCGCUUGUACUCAAGUCCAAUAUACAAGAAACCUGUUAGAACGGAUUUGAACUACAUCGCAGCUGUUGACCUGAAAACAAGUCACCCUCCAGAGUAUUGGAUUCUUCGAGGAGUCGCCCUUCUGUGCGAUGUCAAAUAAUCCACACAGUUGUCUUUAAAAUUACACCAUUAGAAUAUGCGCAUGUAGAUGUACCCCUUUUGAUCUUUUUCUGUAUUUUCAAACUAAAAAUUUUAAUUCUUAAGAUGCUUAAAAUAAAUGUUUUGGAAUUGAUAUUAAAUUCAAUAAAAAAAAUUGU